AUGGCCGCCGCCACCGCCACGGCGUCGGCGUCGUGGCUUCUCCAGAGGUCUAUAUCCUCCGCAUUCCUUGCGGGGCGCGCGGGCCCUAGCAUCCUGCGUACAACCCUCUGCUAUUCCUCAUCCGCAUCCGCCUGCCCCAAACCAACGCCGUCCCUGUCUCCGCCUGACACAUCCGCCAAUGAUGGCGGCGGGCUUCAAAAGCAGCAAGAGCUUGGCGUGGAUUCGACUAACAAAGGCUUGUAUGCAUGCUUAGAAUGGACUAAUUUCAGAGCAUGGGAGGAUGAUCCUGAUGGUAUUGCUCUUGCCAGUUUCAUCAACUCAAAUUUGCCAGACAAUGUGAGGGUUUUUAGUAUCUUGCCUGCACAAAGGAGUUUUGAUGUAAGGAGGGAGUGCUUAUACCAUGAGUAUUUCUAUCUUCUUCCUGCUGAAGUUAUUGGAAUUAAAGAUGGUUAUAGCCCUGAAGAAAUGCAAGAGCACUUGUCUGAAUUCAACAGCAUACUGAAAGGUUUCGAGGGAAACCAUCCAUUUCAUAAUUACACAGCACGUGCCAAGUAUAAGAAGGUCCUCGCGGGAAGACACCAAAGGGUGAAAGGAGCAAGCUCGACGUUGAAGUCCAUGUCCUCCGAAAUGGGUAUGGCAGAAAGCUCUUCUGAAGAAAGCACUUCUUCAGAUCAUGAUGAGGACUUGAAUAUUUCAUCAAUCAUUGACACUGGUGCAUCAGAAGACAAUUGUGUGAAUGAUAUUCUGAAACUUUCUGAGAAUCGGGUGCAGAUUCAAGCUAGGUGGCUGCAUGAACCUGAUGAAAGUGAUAGAUUAAAUGCUUCACAUUUUAGAGAUAUCAUUACCUGUUCCUGUGGAGAGUUGCAAACUUCAUCAGGAAUUCAAUUUGUGGAAUUGACCAUAUGCGGGGUAUCUUUCAUGCUACACCAGAUCCGGAAAAUGGUUGGAACUGCCGUGGCAGUGAAGCGUGGAUUACUACCAAAAGAUAUCAUAGAACUGUCUCUUGCAAAGUUUUCUAGAAUCGUUCUACCGAUAGCCCCUUCAGAAGUUCUGAUCCUUAAGGAUAAUAGUUUCUGCACGAAGAGCAAGGAAGGGAGAAUUGUUCGCCCGGGGAUCCAGUCAAUGAACAAGUCAGCAGCAAUCAGGAAAUGGGUUGAGGAAUUCUACAAGGCGGCUCUUCUGCCAGAAGUAGCGAAGUUCUUGGAUCCCUCUAUGCCACCGUGGAAAGAAUGGCCGGAGAACUUGGACAGGUUCGCUGGCAUACCAGAUUCACAGCUGGACGAAGUUAGGGAGGCCUACAGAGCAUGGAGGGCUGAUUAUGACCGCGUGAAGAUGGCUAGAAAGAGUGUUAGCAGUGUCUAA